UCAAUUUGUCAAAUGUAGAUUGGUGGAAGCAUUCCAAAAUCCAGCUAGUCCUUGCUUUCCAAUAGUACAAUAAUAAUUAUAUAUAUAUAUGUAUAUAAUGAUGGAAAUACAGGAGGCAAAAACAUCACCUAUACGUUGGCUUUAACUUAUAUGCGUAUAUUAUUAGCUUCAACUCUAUACCUGUUCUUCCUUUAAUUUCUCAAGCAAUUGAUAUUUCCAAUAGUAGCAUAGUACUAAAUGGGGCGUUGGAUUAGACCUGAGUAUGCAGGUAUAUCCACUAAUGGCAGCCAUGACAUUUGUAACGGGAAUGUGUGUUUUCCAGCUGACGAGGAAUGUUCUUUUAAACCCUGAUGUUAGGAUCAACAAAGCACAUAGAAGCAUGGGAGUACUUGAAAAUGAAGAAGAAGGGGAGAAAUAUGCAAAGCACAGCCUUCGCAACUUCCUUCGUACUCGUCCACCACAAGUCAUGCCUUCUAUCAAUCGUUUCUUUUCUGAUGACAACAAUAAUUGAAUUUUCGAUUAUUAUCCAAUUAUAAUACUAAUAAUAAGUUUUGGUUCAUCGAAAAUAACUUUUUUAUCUCAUAUUUUUACACUGAUAGAAAUAUAUUGCAUGGAUAUAUUGUUGUUGUAAUUAUAGUCUAUGUCUGUCUUUCAAUUCGGGUCUCCAUAGUGUACCUUUUCCAUUUCCUUCUUUUCCGAAGUUAUUCUUACAUGCAUGUGUAGAAAAAAAACUGAAUUUCUAAUCGUGUGAUUGGUCCAUAUAUACUUCUUGUCCCCCUUUUUUUUUUUUUUUUUUUUUUUCAUUUUCUUUUGGUUUGGUAUGAUAAAAGUCACGAUGGUCUGUGUAAUUCGAGUGUUUCUACAAAGAUGUACUGUAAUUCUUUUUAAAAAAAAUAAAGAAAAUCACAAUCACUUUAUAAAUUUACCCGUUUGGACGUAA